AUUGCUGCUUUUGAUUUGUUGUUUGGAGUAGAUAAAGAAAAUACAGACAUACUGAUGUAUUGUACCGGCGGCAUUCGUUGCGAUGUAUAUUCUACAAUUCUCAGGCAAAGGGGCUUCCAGAACUUAUAUACCUUAAGUGGUGGUGUUUCUCAUUAUCUGAAGAGCGAAGGAUCUACUGGAUGGAUCGGAAACCUCUUCGUCUUUGAUUCUCGACUCUCUUUGCCUCCUUCCACCUACAAUUCCAGCUUAAUUACAAAUGUAAGAUCUAAAAUAGCAUCAGAAAGCGAUAGAUUUGCUAGAUGUUACAUCUGCAGAUCCCAAGUGCUGGAACUCAGGCAUAGAAACUGUGCAAAUCUGGACUGUAACAGACUCUUUUUGUCUUGUGGGACCUGUGUAAAGGAGUUCAGGGGUUGCUGCUGCUCUGAUUGCAUCAAAUCGCAUCGAUUGAGGCCUGUUCUUCCGGGCCACAAGAGAUAUCAAAAGUGGCAUCUUUAUCGUGACCGCGAUCUAUAG